AUGGCAAACAACCACACAGGUGCAGAUAUUUUACUGAGCGACGGUGGGCUGCUGUGUAUUCGGGACCAGAAGCCAGGGGCCGCUCAUCACUACCUCAUCAUUCCAAAAGAACAUAUUAACAAUUGUCUGAAACUACAACCUGAACACAUACAGCUGGUUCUGACUCUGGGCACCAGCAGGAGGCCAGUCCCUCUGCUCCUCAGAUAUUUGGUUCAUAUGACACAAGUCUUUCUCCGGAUGGAGCAGAUGAGGGCGAUGGGAAUGAGGAUACUACACAUGAACAACGUGUCAGAUUCAGAUAUUAAGAUGGGGUUCCAUGUCCCUCCAUUCUCCUCAGUGGCUCACCUGCACCUUCAUGUUUUGGCUCCGGUCAGUCAGAUGUGUCACAGGUCAAUGCUUUGCUACGGACCACAGUCUCACUGGUUUAUCACCGUGGAUGAUGUGCUUUCUCAGCUGAAGACACGAGGGAAAAAACAGAUCCCUGUGCUCCCCCUUCUCACUUUCUCUAACUGCUCCAGGUUCCUUCAUGAAAAGCUCAGGUGUGGAUAG